UAAAGCUUUUUUUUCCCUCUGCAAAGCGGCCAAACCUCCAUCUGAGAGCGCCAAGGAGAGAGGGGGAGAGAGGAGAGCAGAGGAAGAGGAGGAGGAGGGAAAACAGGGGCAUCGCAACGUCCAUUUGAUUUCAUUUUCUUCAUCUUACAUGGCGCAAGGGCUACUUUACAAGCGGGACCGUCCUGGGUGUGAUACUGCCACGGUUCAUUUGGAUACUCAGGCAGCAUUCGCGGCCGCAGCAGCAGCAGCAGCAUCAGCACCAUCCUCCUCCUCCUCCAUCCAUCGAAGACUUAUCCUCAGCUGCGGCGGCGCCCACACCGAUUCCUCGUCCUCCUCCUGCCGGCUCCAUGACGAGUGAUGGUCGGCUCGCCUUGCUGGAUGCUCUCCGCUCUCUCCGGAUCGUCGACGACCGAAUUUCCUCUCACCGCAGACCCCCAUUUUCGGCGGAAACCUUCCCAGAGCUAUAGGGCUACAUAUGGAAACUGGGGAUCGAAAUUUUAGAAAAAAGGAAAAGCGCAGCUGUUAGUUUGGUUCAUUUUCUGUCUCUUUUUGCGUAAAAACCAGCGGUUUUUCCUUUCCGAGCAUCAUUUUAUGCCUGAUUAAUUAUUCUAAUCCUCGAGUCUUGAUUUCCGCAAUUCGCCGGUUUGAUUUGUGAGGUGAAGGUUUCCUUUUGACCCUCACAACAGGCUGUUAUAAAACACACAGGAAUUAGCUUUUUAUUCCAAGGAGCGGGACUUGAAUCGACUCGUUUUUUUCCUCUUUUCUCCUUAAAAUGAUAGAUUUGCUUGCUGUUUCCUUCCUCCGCUUAUCUCUUUGCUUUUUUUCCAUUUUUGACUAAACGCUUCUAAAACUAUAAAUGCCUAAUAGUCUUCAGAUUAGCCUUGGAUCUAGCUGUACUUCUGGAUUUUUACUCACGUUACAGCCUUUGACUAAAGUAUCCAGACAUCACUGAACUGUUGUACUGUAAGCCUGCCAUUCCUCCGGCACCAUCAGCCCUCUAUCUCUGGAGCUCAUGAACAUCCAACCUCUUUUCGAACAGGUUGUUUUGGGAGAAGCCUGCAGAGAGCAAACCACUGUUUUUCUCACGUCCAUUUGCUGGCUCAGCCCAAUCUCUAGAGGUUUUAAUUAAUCCUUGCAGCUCAGUGCUGUAAUUCGGAUCGCCUCGUUGCUGUGGUGUGGAGCUGCAUCUUCGGCUGAAGGCCUGUUGAGGAGCCGCCACCCCCUGCAUCCCACUUUUUUUGGGGUCCUUUUUUCUGCAUUUGGUGGAAAAGUAAAGCCAACAGAGAGGAGAGGCGCCCCGUCUCUCCCUCUUCCACCUCCCCAACUUCCACUGUCAGAUUUUCUCUUGUUGAGUCCUCACCCAAACGCAACCAUAAGGUUCCUACCGCAUCCUCCUCCUCCUUCUUCCCUCUCCUUCCGCUCGAGUAUAUCCCGUUUUUUCGGUUUGGUUUGGUCCCGUAAAUUUUCAAAUAUUUACUUCCUGUACAUUAAGAGGAAAGGGGGCUCCCCUUUCAUGGAAUGCGGAAACAUGGGUCUGUUCGACCGCGGAGUCCAGAUGCUGCUGACCACGGUUGGCGCCUUCGCGGCCUUCAGCCUCAUGACCAUCGCGGUCGGCACGGACUACUGGCUGUACUCCCGGGGAGUCUGCAGGUCCAAGUCCAUGAGCGAGAACGAGACCAGCAAGAAGAAUGAGGAGGUGAUGACCCACUCGGGCCUGUGGAGGACGUGCUGCUUGGAAGGAAACUUCAAAGGGAUGUGUAAACAGAUAGACCAUUUUCCCGAGGAGACAGACUACGAGGCGGAUCCAUCUGAGUACUUCUUGCGUGCGGUGCGAGCCUCCAGCAUCUUCCCCAUCCUCAGCGUCAUCCUGCUCUUCAUGGGAGGCCUGUGUAUAGCUGCCAGCGAGUUCUACAAGUCACGCCACAACAUCAUCCUCAGCGCAGGGAUCUUCUUUGUGUCUGCAGGUCUGAGCAACAUUAUCGGCAUCAUCGUGUACAUAUCAGCCAACGCGGGGGACCCUUCAAAAAGCGACUCAAAGAAAAACAGCUACUCGUACGGCUGGUCCUUCUACUUUGGUGCCCUUUCCUUCAUCAUGGCGGAGAUGGUGGGCGUCUUGGCUGUGCACAUGUUCAUCGACCGACAUCGACAGCUGCGAAUAGGAGCGCGUGCAGCUGACUACCUCCAAGGCUCGGCCAUUACACGGAUACCCAGCUACCGCUACCGCUACCGGCGCCGUUCCCGCUCUUCUUCUCGCUCCACAGACCCAUCGCAUUCCCGCGACGCCUCACCGGUGGGCCUCAAGGGCUUCAGCGCGCUGCCAUCCACAGAGAUCUCCAUGUACACGCUUCCCCGGGACACCCUCAAGUCCACCGGUACGCCCACCUACAACUCUGAGAGGGACCACAGCUUCCUUCAGGUCCACAACUGCAUCCAGAAGGACCUAAAAGACUCGAGCCACACCAACACAGCAAACCGCCGCACCACCCCUGUAUGAGGGGGUCGGCGCAGGCCCGGGAGCCCAGCUGAGACACGGGGACCCCUGUGGGGGCAGCACGGCCUUGCAGGAGAAGUUGGAUUUCCAUGUUUAUAGACAUUUAUUGUUGGUUUUCUUUUCUUUUUCUUUUUUUUCCAACUGCAUGACUUUUCCAUUACUAUUGUUGAGAGAGCCUCAACGAUUCUCCUGGACCGAGCGGCGCCGGAACAGGCCCCGCUGUUCCGAGAGCGUUUCCUGUCAUUUUGAUUUGGGUUUUGUUUUGUUUUAUUUUGUUUUUUCCGGCAGGGUUGGAGAUCCAGGACACACAGAGAGGUGGGGGGUAUUUCUGAGACAAACUAAAAAGAAAUAAAUAAUCCAUUAUUUUAGUUCCUCUUUGCUUUAAAAUGUUCUGCUCUCCAGUUCAGUUGAAGCACCACUCAGUUCUUUGGCAAAUUUGUUAAUUUUUUGCAUAAAACUGUGAAUUGUUACAGCUUGGGAUUCAGUAAGAAUUACCCCAAACUGUAAUAUCUAACAAAGGUACUAUAUAUAUAUAUAUAUAUGUAAUACUUUUAUAAAUAAAUUAUUAUGUUAAUAAUCAAGAGAUAACAGACUUUACUGAAGCAAAAAAGCAACAAAAAAAGUUACCUGAACCAAGUGCUGUUGGAGACCCGAGAAAAGACUCUUGAAGGUCACGACCCAGAGAAGGUCCUGCUGGUGGCAAACAGCGCUGCGACUAAAGCCACCAGAAACGCAGCCGUAGUGUAAUAUCUAUUCUUUUAAUAGAACCUUCUCGUCUUUUUCCCAGUCUCUGUUCGCUUUCUUUUUUUGAGAGGGCGGGGUUCGCCACAGAAAAGUGGAACCUCCCCCAGCAGAAAGAACCAACCGACGGAGUCCCCCGAAUGACUCCAGACAUGACUUCUGCACACACAAAAAGGAAGGAGCAGAGGGGCAGGAAAAGAAGAGGACGUCAGACACAAAAAUAAAGUUUAAACAUGAAGUAGAAAAAAAAAAAAAAAAAAAGCUAAGUGAC